AUGUCGUCCCAUCCUCGUCGUUGCCGGUCCUCGACCUCUGCGUCGGUCCCAGUCACAUCCAAGUCUUUUGACAUCCUGCGCAACCUUCUCGAUGGCUUUGCGACUGCCGCAUCCUUGACCGGCGAUAACGGAUACCCCGACAUUGAUAAACUAGUCAAGCCUCUAAGGGACAUACAUCAACAUGUAUCUGCGUUUGGGUCGCCGGCUUUGCAGGACGACUUUCGACACGCCCGCGGUUUUGACAUUCUCCUCGACGUUCUGCGCGCUUUCUCGGGCUUCUACGACCCGCAAAAGCGAAGCCAAGCUGACAUGAUGUCGCUGUUUAGACUGCUGGGAGCCAGUUUGAACGUCCUCUCUUCGGUAUUACGCAACCACUCUGGUAAUAAGAGAUUCUUUCGAUAUCGCGUCGCCGGCGGCGGAUGGGAGGCUCUAGAACAAGUCAUUGCUAGUAUUGGACUGGGGGGUGCCGAACCUGAUCCCUGGGUCAGCUGUCAUGUGUUUGGAAAACUGCUUGCAUUUGCACUGGACGAUGAAGCAUUGGAUCUACUCUGUCAGUCUAUUGCCAAACUAUUGCGGCCCGAAGCCGAAACGGCACCGCCAUCAACUUCCAACGGAGACGACGACAAGGAGAUGCCUCCGUCCGACGAUGGCGACGAUCAAUGGGAUCUGGUUCUGGCCCGAUCGGCGGAAAACAUUGGACCUAAUGUGCGAGAUAUCGUCAAGUCUACUUCCGUGAUCCAAUUUCCGGAAAUUCUUCGCCCAGUCGUCAGCUUCUGGAUGGCCAUGCCGCGUGAGGCUAACUCACCUGCGACACCAAGCUCCAUUUUCGUUCUGGAAACGAUUCUGUGUGCCAUCUCAGAUUCAAUCUUCAACCGGGCUGCAGUUCAUUCGACAGGGGUCCUGUCUCAGUUUCUACAUGCAGCUUUUGGUCAGGAAGUAUCUCUGGCCAUGUCAGAACGUGAACGACUGCUCGCCAUUUGCAAAUUGCUCAUGUUUCUAGGCGUUAACGAGCCUGCGGAUACACAAUUCCUUCUUGCCGCGUCACGACCUGAUGCUGCCGACUUUUGUCUGGAAAUGAUGUCUAGAUAUGCCGGCCCAUCAUUCUUUCAGUUCGAUCUGUCCUUGCAUGGCCAUUCGUCUCUUGAAUUAUCUACCCUUGGCCGGCCAUUUCCUCCUCAAUCAACUGCUGGCUACACCUUCACAGCAUGGAUACGAAUUGAGAAUUUUGAUUCCACUUCCCACACUACCUUGUUUGGUGUUUUCGAUGCUUCUCAAACAUGCUUCGUGCUCAUGUACCUGGAGCGGGACACCCGCAACUUCAUCUUGCAGACUUCUGUGUAUUCGAACAAACCAAGCGUGAGGUUCAAGUCCGUUGCCUUUAGCGAAGGAAAGUGGUAUCAUAUUGCCAUUGUGCACCGACGACCCAAGACCAUGACCGCUAGCAAGGCAUCUUUGUAUGUCAAUGGCGAAUUCGCAGAGCAAGUUCGUUGCAAUUAUCCUCUAACGCCACCACUGUCGAAUGACAAUAACGAAAGCUUCGCAUCCUUCAACUCAAAUCAUAACAAGACAAAUCCGGUUCAGGCGUUUUUGGGAACCCCUUUGGAGUUAUCUGGCAAAGUUGGCCCUGGACGGGUUGUCUCAAGAUGGUCUCUUGCUUCGGCCCAUUUAUUUGAAGACGUCCUCAGCGACGACUACUUGGCAGUGCAUCACGGACUCGGCCCUAGGUAUCAAGGAAAUUACCAAGACAGCUUGGGCGGCUUUCAAACCUAUGAGACCUCUGCCACCCUUGGUCUGCGCAAUGAGAUUACCCAUCCUGGUAAGGACGAGAAUUCAGAUAUACUGCGCGCGGUUCGAGACAAGGCGAGCACGCUCCUACCAGAGUGUAGAAUCAUGUUGAGCAUUCUUCCAUCGGCCACGUUCCCAGAAAAUGUUCAAUACCUAGAUACUGGUCUUCUGCGAUCUCUUCCGCGGAUAUCCACUCGAAAUUUGUUCCGUAUAUCAAGCCAAGAAGGGGCGCCGUUGGCAAUCAAUUGUGCUGUACCUAGUCUACCGGAUGCAUUGCUCAGAGCACAGGGCAUGGCGUCUUUCCGUGGAACUCCAAUCGUUGCUGUACCAUCCUAUCUUGACGAGAACCUUUGGCGACUUGCUGGAUUCACUCCCCUUGCGCUGAAGCUGUUGGAGCGGGCCACUACUGCGGACGAAACCGUUCGAUCCAUCGAAAUUCUGUUUCAUUGUAUUCGUAAGAGCUGGCGAAAUAGCGAAGCCAUGGAACGAGACAAUGGUUACGGUAUACUGGGCAUGCUCUUACGAAUCAAAGUUGGCUAUGGCACCCAAAUCGCAGGUGAACCAGCAGCAGAACGGCUGCUCAUCUCUAAUGAAGACCGAGACAGCUUGUUGUUUCGUAUUCUGAGCCUUAUUCUGGGCUUUGUUGGCUACAAUCACGCAGAACCGAUUGACUCUUUCAUUGUCAAUCCCUUGGCAUAUCGCAUUCUGCUCAUUGACCUUGACAUUUGGAGGAAAUCAACAUCCCGAAUUCAAGAGCUGUAUUAUAAACAAUUUCUGACAUUUGCAGUAAAUAGUAAGCAUCACGAGUUUAAUAGCCGUAGACUGACACGGAUGAGAAUCGUGAAGCGUCUAUUGGAUGCUAUGAAAGGGGAAGCCGUCUCCGAGGAUGUUGUCUCGCAUUUCAUGCUUGCCUUUGAGAUACUGGUCAAGUCAAACCUGAGCCAGGAGGUCAUGCGAGCGCUAUCACUAUUUAUUACAUAUGCUUUCCACUCUCCAACGAAUUCGAACCCGCGCACCCCCAAGCCCUUGUCUUCAAUUCCACGACCAGGCACCCCCGGGACGCCAAAGAGGAUCGCGGUAGAUUUUAUAAGGAUGGCUACACCACCUUCAGGCACCAAAUUUCUUUCUAGGCGACAACUUGGCGUGCGGGUGUUGGGCAUGUAUUCACGCAUUCUCUGCGAAAAAGGAAAUACAAAUCACAUCAAGAAAUUUGCGAGAACUGUGACAAACAAGUGGCUACUGUACCUCCUUGCCGACGAUGAUGCUGAAGUUGUCAUGCACGGUUGUAGGAUUCUGGCUAGGCUUCUAGUUUCUCAUGGCUCUAAUUAUACGUCAAAAUUUGCUGGCAAAUCUGGCGGGUUCAUAAUCAUGGCUAGUAAGCUGAAGCGAUUCUGGGCCAACGCCAAGCUGUGGCCCAUUUGCUUCAGCAUUCUAUUUGGCUACGAUGCUGCCAACAUUGGCCUGGAACAAGCCAUUGAUCCCUCUUCGCUACUCACCCUCUUCUCUAAGAGGAAAGUUGCAUAUCCGGAAUCACUGGUGAUCAUAACGUCAAUGCUUCAACACGGCUUGAGGGAUGUGAUGAACCGCCUGGAUGAGAGUGAUUCACAGACCAAGGGCAGUGAUGUCAGUGACUCCAGGGCCGAAGCGGCAAAUCUCUUCCCAGUAGAACAUAAGAUGACAAACCCAGAGAAAGCCGACAGCUCACUGUUCGAUGAAAAUGUGCUACUUGGCGUGAUCCGUUUCUUGUUGGACCUGCAAGAACGAUCUGCUGACUUCCGAGACUUUGCCAUUUCUUCAGAAUGGAUGCGAAUGCUGCUCACCGCAGUCUACCCGUGUAUCGUGAGCACCGAUGCGGUCACGCCAGAAGUUGAACUGAACUCUCGAGAUUCGGCUCUGACAUUUGAAGGUAGCGAUGUUAUUAUUCGCCCUAUCGGAAGGGGCUCUGCUCCGGCACCGAUUGUAAGAACCACCAGUGUGGAUGUGUUAUCAUCACCUCAGUCAACUCCUCCCAAAGGCACACCGCUGCGACGAGCAUCAUCAUUUGUGCUUCUCACAGCCCAGAAAGCGAGCUCAGCAGACCAGGCACACUCGGAGCUACGUUCACGGCCCUCGAAUGACUUCAGUGGCCAAAUUUCUGGCGGACCAGUCUUCGACGGAAUGUUAGAGCUUGUUCUCCGAGUAUUCUUGGACCAAGUCUGGAAUAGAAAGGAUUUCUCCGGAUUUUCGCUCUUUGCCAAGGUUCCUCCUGGUUUUCAAGAGCACCAAGCGUAUUUCGAGUCCUACCUUUGGAGAAAGAUUUUGGGACAGCUUACGAACAGAAUCCACGCCAACCAAAAGUCACUCUGUGAACCUCGUCUGUUGACCAAUAUCUUUCGGUUCUGUUCUCAGAUGUCCGAAGCCAUCUUUGAGGGCUGGUUUAUCGACGGGGCCGAGGUUGCAAUUGAUUUUAUUGGUUCGAUACUGGAAUAUCUUCAGCGACCGGAUAUUUCAAACCUGAAAAGUGUUCGCUUGUGCAGCCAGGCGGUAUCUACGGUUCGAAAUUGCCUGCUCAGAAUCGUACUCCUGAAGCUUUCGGACCUGGAAAACGCUCAAGUCACGGAAAAAGAAGCCAAAGGCUUUAUGAAUAUGCUCGGAUAUUGGCAGAUGUCUAUCCUUGCAUGUUUUGACCACGACGAUGAUUAUUUCAGACUCUUUUGGUAUCAGCUGUACAUGAAGCUUAUUGAUGGCAAAAUAUCUAUCAGGAUUGCAGCAGCUAAUCUUCUCAGAAUCAUCAUGGUACAAAAACCGGACGAAUCGACCGCCCUCAUUCGGUCAUGCAUUACUCCCGACCAAAGACAGCUAUCGCGAGAUUUCCAGAAGCUGACAGAAGUGGACGAUGAGACUUUUGUCCUAUGGGUGGACAAACACCGGCCAUCUCUUGAUAGACUGUUCUUCGGAAGCAUUGCCAAGACAUGGGAAGAUUUUGUCAUUGUUGAGAAUCAACGUACGGCGGAGAGUGCUAAAAGUAGGCUCUCCAAGCGCAAGGACAAACUCAAAGUUUGGUACUCUGAUGGCGUCAAUGCUAGCAAGACGCUACUUAAUCAUGAUGUUGGCAACACCGCCUGGAUGAAGAGCAUAUUCAACUCAGAGUACUUCAAGUAUCAGAGGCUUCUGCAAGACCAACAAGAUGACAUGGCCUAUUUGGGAGCCGCAUAUCGCAAGAUGGAGAAGGAUUUGAGACGGCCCGGUGCGGUUUUCAGCGAACCUACUCCAUUGAAGUGGAAGCUCGAUAGAACCGAAGGUCGAAAUCGUAUGCGGUUGCGACUUUUGCCAGAUGCGUCUGGCAUAGAUGAGAAGUACCAGUCCAAGGGAAAGGCAAUAGAGGCCGCAUCAGUCCCUCUCCGGGUUAACACGGCUAUUAACUCUACACCGCCGACCAAUACGCCUAGCCGCUCGUUGUCUUCUACUAAUCUCGCCGACGGGAACGACGCGGCGGCGACAGUCGAACCCGACUCUGUGUCGGACAAACAAGAAGGCGGAUUCGUCGCCGAGGAUGACUUUGAGCUGGUGGACGACCCCAAUGAGCCGAUUGAGGGGGAGGAUACUUUUGAGGACAAGAACAGAAAGGUCAUGAGGCGGUUGGAACACGGAGAUCAGGUUCAGGCUGCUUACAACAUGUCUCGAAUCACCGGCUUAGAGGCCUGCGAAGGUAUUCUUAUCGUCGGUAAAGAUGCCCUAUACAUGAUGGACAAUGUAUUUCAGUGUGCAAGCGGAGACAUUGUCAAUGUCUGGCAAGCACCACCGGAGGAGCGGGAUCCAUUCACCAUGGUUGUUACUGGGACCAAGACGCUCGAGAAGCGCCAAACUGCUGGCAUGCGUGAUCAAGAUUCACGCCAUUGGAAGUGGCAUGAUGUCAUCAGCUUCUCCAAACGACGAUUCCUGUUCCGAGACGUCGCGAUUGAAAUCUUUUUCACUGAUGGCCGUAGUUAUUUGCUUACGAUGAUUAACUCUGCUGUUCGAGAUACUGUGUAUGGCAAGUUACUGAAUAAGGCGCCGCACACUAACACGGCCAAUGCCUUGCCAAAUCCGGAAGACGCCUGGAGGCUCGAAGCACUCAAGACAGUUGACGAGUCUCCCCAAGGAUUUGGUGCAGGCUUAGGUUCCAGAAUCGGGACGCUUUUCAACUCUUCGCCAUCGAAUCCAAUUGUGAAGCGAUGGCAAAGAGGCGAAGUAUCCAACUUUCACUACCUUAUGAUGGUCAAUACCAUGGCAGGCAGGACUUUUAACGACUUGACACAAUAUCCAGUGUUUCCAUGGAUCCUUGCGGAUUAUACGAGUGAGGACUUGGACCUUGAAGACCCGGCAACGUUUCGAGAUUUGUCAAAGCCCAUGGGCGCUCAAAGCCAAGCGCGAGUUCCUGGGUUUGUUGAGACGUAUAGUGCGCUCAGGGAGAUUGGUCAAACACCAUUCCAUUAUGGUACUCAUUAUUCGUCUGCGAUGAUUGUCAGCUCUUAUCUUAUUCGACUUCCCCCAUUCGUGCAGUCGUACCUCCUUGUUCAAGGAGACAGCUUUGAUCAUGCAGACCGACUGUUCCAAUCAGUUGCUGACGCGUGGGCAUCUGCCUCGUCUAAGAACAAGACCGAUGUCCGAGAGCUUAUUCCUGAAUUCUUCUGCCUCCCUGAAUUCCUGACAAAUAUUAAUGGAUAUGAUUUCGGUCGCAAGCAAAGCACCGGUGCCCGGGUCGAUCACGUUCGGCUUCCGCCGUGGGCCAAGGGAGACCCCAAGAUAUUCAUUGCGAAGCACCGAGAGGCAUUGGAGAGCCCGUAUGUGAGCGAAAACUUGCAUCUCUGGAUAGACCUCGUCUUCGGAUGUAAGCAGCGAGGGGAGGCAGCUGUGGAAAAUCUCAAUGUGUUCCACCAUCUCUCGUACGCUGGCGCAAGCGACCUGGAUCGCAUCACUGAUGCAAAUGAGAGAGCUAUAACAGCAGGUGUUAUUCAUAAUUUCGGACAGACUCCUCAUCAAGUGUUUAACAAGCCACAUCCGGCUCGGGAGUACACGCAAUGUUCGACCAGACGACUGGAUACCUCUAUUUUCUCGUUGACAUCUCUGCCUCGACCCCUGUUAGAGAGCCAUGAACGUGUAUCUAGUUUGAUAUACGCCCCAAAACUUGACCGGCUGUUAUGCGCAUCGGCAUUCCGCUUGAACUUUGCACCGUAUGAUAAGUUUUUGGAGUGGGGAUAUGCAGAUAACAGCAUCCGCUUCUUCUUCAGCGACAAUCGCAAGCCUGCCGGAUUGUUUGAGAAUCUCCAUACCGGACAGAUUUCAUGCGCUUGCUUUGCAGACUCCAAAACGCUAAUUACUGCAGGUGAAGACUGUGUUGUAUCAGUCUACAUGGUACACACGUCUGUUAGCAAACCUGUAGAACUUGUUCCACGAUCCAGCGUUUUUGGUCACAAGACUCUGGUUACAGCUAUGGCUGUUAGCAAAGCUUUCAGUACCUUUGUUACGGCGUCCGCGGAUGGACAAGCCUUCCUUUGGGAUCUCAACCAGCUUACUUUCAUCCGCAAGUUGCCGCUGGUGCGGCUCGUGGAGUGUGCUGCGAUGAAUAAUGUUUCUGGAGAAGUAUUAUUAUGCUCAGGCCCAAACGUUCUCCUGUACACACUUAAUGGAACACUCAUCCUAGACCAAAACGUUUGUGGAGAGCAAGAUGAUUAUGUGCAUUCUUGUGCAUUUUACGAAGGCGCUGGAGAUGAGUGGCUUGAGAAUUGCAUCAUUUUUACCGGGCACAGCAAGGGACGGGUCAAUGUUUGGCGCAAAUGUGUUCUUGCGGGCAAGUGGACACUGGAGUUACUUCGAAGGCUAGACCAUAUCGACUUUAAGGGUGACACACAGGACAACACGGAUGCCGGAAUCACUUGUAUUACCCCCAUGCCCACCUGUGUAUACACCGGAGAUGAGGACGGAAGAGUGUAUGAAUGGAAUUUUGGUCGCGGAGACCGAUAG